UUUUAUACUCUUUUAAUACCGUCAAGUAAAGUUAUUUGGCCUUUCCUACAAACUCUCUGAAGCGUGUAAAGCAAAUACAUAUGCUGUUGUUACAGGUAACAAAAACAAGGACAAAAUCACGGAAAUGACUUGCUCAAGAUGAUACCAGCAAAUCAGGGUAGAACCCGGGCAAGACCCAGGUCUCCUGAUUCCUGUGCCACACCACUGCCUAUCAACAGCAAAAGAAGUCCCGACUUACAUUCUCCUGGGAUUUCUGGGAGCCUGGCCAGAACGAGAUGGACCCGGUUGUCCUGAGUUACAUGGACAGCCUGCUGCGGCAGUCAGAUGUGUCACUCCUGGACCCCCCGGGCUGGCUCAAUGACCAUGUCAUUGGGUUUGCCUUUGAGUAUUUUGCCAACAGUCAGUUUCCUGACUGCUCUGACCACGUCUGCUUCAUCAGCCCCGAAGUCACCCAGUUCAUCAAGUGCACUAGCAGCCCGGCCGAGAUCACCAUGUUCCUUGAACCCCUGAACCUCCCCGACAAGAGAGUUGUAUUUUUAGCCAUCAAUGAUAAUUCCAACCAGGCAGCUGGGGGAACCCACUGGAGUUUGCUGGUUUAUCUCCAGGAUAAAAAUAGCUUUUUUCAUUAUGAUUCCCACAGCGGGAGCAACUCAGUGCAUGCAAAGCAGGUAGCAGAGAAGUUGGAGGCUUUCUUAAGCAGAAAAGGAGACAAACUGGCUUUUGUGGAAGACAAAGCCCCUGCUCAACAAAACAGCUAUGACUGUGGGAUGUAUGUGAUCUGUAACACGGAGGCCUUGUGUCACCACUUCUUUAGGCAACAGCCAGAGUCACUGUUGCAGCUGCUCACUCCUGAGUACAUCACAAAGAAGAGGGAAGAAUGGAAAGAUCUCAUUGCCAGACUUGCUAAAAAUUAGCUGUUGAAGUAUAUCUGUGACUUUGGAAGUCUCCUCUUUCUGCCUGUCCCCAUUUAUUGGAUGGCUGCAGUCUCGGUGCCUGAGGGAAGAUGCCAGGUAGAGGGAACUUAGGAUUCUUACUUUUUCCUGAAAGAAUGUCACCUCCUGUAUUAUCCUAAUGGAAAGUUUCACUUUAACCUGACUGGACAGCAGUAUGUGCUGUGAAAUGUCUUGAAGUUAUGCACCAAAACCUUAAAACCAUGCUAUCUUAACAUUUAUUCAUUUAACAUUUAUUCAUUCUCUUUUGGUCUCCCUUUGCCACAUUGGCUUAUUCCAAAGGAAAAGUUGUGAUCUGUAAAACAAAUUAAGAAUAUAUAAAAUCUAGAGGAACACAAGAAGAAAACUAUAGAAGAACCAAAAACUUUUGCACACUGGCUAGAAGCAAAUUAAGACCUAACCUAAUUUAAAAUCUAAAUAUGCAAAUCAAUUAUUCAGUUCUGUGAUAUCUCUUCCAUUCACCAUACAAAGCUUUCCUGGCCAUUUGCAUACCCUUUGCAAAGAUUUGAUAAAGAUAAUGUUAGCCCAUCUGAUUGUGGAAUGCUUUAAGAAAGGGGGAAUCUUGAGCUGCUUCAUUAAAUUAAAUGGCUGUGGUAGACCUCUUAGUUUGCUCAGUGAGUAGGUCGAUUUGCUUCUCUGGAUUAAUAGCUUUCCUUCACCUUGUCUAUUAGCCAUGCGCACACUCCUUCCUUAUAUCCAAAGUUCUGUGGUUUUAAAACUCAUAGCUGAUAACUUCCCAAGGCUAUCUGUUAUUUCAGAUAAAUAUUUCUGCUUUCCGAUAGUCAUAGUUUUUCCUCCUCUCUAUCCUUAAUCUGGCAGAAUUAUUUUGUUAAUAUCGUGGUGAUUUCAGGACUAUUAUAUAUGAAGCUUACAGACUAAAAGUUGGUUUGUUUUUGAUAUGUAAAGGAGAAAAAGUGACUUUUCUCAACCCCUUCACUUAAUUCAAAAUGCAAGCAAUGUAAUUUUUUAAAUGUGGAACCAAGAGUAAAAAGAAAUGCUAUCCCUCCUAAAUCACUGAUGUGUUUUUUUCAGAAUUGUUUCAAAUAAUUAACAACCAGAUGAUAUGUUGGGUACACACAUUAAUUCUAUUCCUAAUGAGAAUUAGAUUUUAAUGCAUAUGAAUGAGACUUGAAAACCAAAGAUUCGCUUCAGCCAUGAAACUGAUUUCAGCUAACUCCGCAGCCUAACCCUGCCCCCACCUCAUAUGGCCCAAAAUAACCUCGCCACUCAGUGACCACAGAGGCAGUAACUCAGUUCCUUUUAGUCAGGGUGGGAAAACACAGCAAGUGUAAAUAAGUACCAGUUACAUAGCAGGCCUGAGUGAUAGCAGGCCUGAGUGAACACAAGUUGAAACCAAAAGUCAAAGAGAAAGCUACAAAAAAGUUUCCAUUUCAAGUCAAUAUGUUUUGGAUAAAAAGGAGACAUCAUGGAAGACGAGCAGAAAAUAAUAUUGGAAGCUGGUAGUCGUGGCGGUGAAAUAGGGGGGAAGGGAUAGCAAGAGGAGUAAAUGGGUUGCUAAGGCCAUGCGUGUAGAUAGUGGUAAGAAAGCAGUAUUAUUUCAAUAAAUGCGUCUAAUCUAGACUAUGAAAGAGUCAAACCCUCACUGGGAAAAGUUGUCUUUCUGAUAGUGCAAAGUAUGUCUGUGUGUCAGAUUGUCUCUCUCGUAAGAGUUAAUACAUACGAGAGCAAUCUUUCCUAACUCUCUUUGUUCCACAAGUACCUUACUUUUGAACUAAACUAGUAAAGUCUUAAAAAAAAAAUAAUCUGACGUCUCUUUUUCCAGAUACAUAACCCGAUCACACUGUGCCACUGGUUAGGCUACUUCUACAGAACGUGCAGUACGCCAUUUGCAAAUGUUAGCGUUAUGAAUGAUAGGAAAACUUAAGAGUUCACUUGUAAUGUUUCACCAGAUUCUAUAACAGCCCAUAAAUUACACACCUGCUUGACCACACACCAUGGAUGUUACCUGGUGUGAAAUAGGAAAAAGACCUUUUGCUGGUACUGUGUUCCCUUUUCUCUUAGAGUCAAAAGGAUCAUGCAUGAAAAAUUCAGCUUCAAAAUAUGAAAAAGGAAACCAUGUUAUUCAAAAUUGGGUUGAAUAGUUAUCACACUGAACUACCCUGCUGUCAAAUAUCGUGUUGUAUUUAUCCAUAAGUAUAUUCACACUAUCCAACCUGUGUCUCAUCCGGAAUCUAGAAAUAUCACCAUAUGUA